AGAGAGGAAGCGAGGGUCUUCUUCUCACAAGAUGAAGUUUGCAGUUGUAGUUAUGAUGUGUGGGUUGAUUUUUGGCGAAGAUGCAAGGUGUCUCGGAGCAGCUCUGUCAGGAUUUCUACCUGAGCAGGAAUCACAGGGAACGGAUUCCGUCCGUUCCAGAAGAAGCGCCGUGGGAGACUUUUUGGAGGAUCCCAACCUUUGUUUCUCCCUGAGAGAAAACGACACCCAGCAGCAGCUCCUGUGCAACGACCACAGGAACAAAUUCAACGUCAACCCAUUCGGCCUUCGCUUUGGCAAGCGCUACAAUCAUCCGUUCAUCUACAGGAGAGCUCUUCAGAGAGCCAGAACAAACAGAUUUUCACCUCCAACACUUUUUCCACGACAACUGGAGGUGCUGACCUGAAGAUGAUUUUGACUUUGUGUGUGCCAUGUUGGACUACGAAUAAAGUGGCAUGGGAAAAGUGAAAAAGAAAUCACAUUACUUAAUCUCAGUAGUUAUUGGACACUCUAGUAAGAGCAAUGUAAAAUUAUUAAAACGCUUUACUGUACUUUUAGUGGUGAGUAAAUUUGACACAAGGUGGCAGUAAAAUGUCGUUCACUGUUAUCUCCCCCACUUUUUUUAAACCUGUAAUGUAGUCUUGCUGUUGGACACAGCAAAAAGAUAAAACCGAGAGUGUUAUUUCAUUUCAUACAAUAAUCCACAUUAUUUAUGUGAAGUCAGACUUCGAUUUUUGUUUUGUUGAGGCUUAUGGUAUUUAUUCGUUUUUUGUUUUCAGUCAUCAUUUACUAAUUAUAGUUAGGUUCAAUGUUCAUAUAUCUGACGUUCAUUAAUUC